AUGGGUUUAAAAUACACUGAAAAUAUCGAAAUUAACGAUAAAUCAAGCCAAAUUUACGUCUGCAAAAACUGUAAAACUCACUUACUAAAAAGUGACUGGAUAGAAAGCUACGACUUUAGAGGUAUUCAUGGUGAUGCUUUUUACUCAAACAAGCUAAUAAACUACCUAAUUAACAAAAACAUAAAAAUCAAAGAAAUGAUGACCGGUUACUACCAGGUCAAAUCAAUCAACUGCUACCAAUGCCUAUUAGAAAUCGGCUGGAAAUAUAUCAAAGCUAAUGAUCCAUCUCAAAAAUACAAAGAAAACAAAUUUGUUAUCGAA